GGGUCAUCGACUAGCUUUCAACGAGCGAAUAUUUCCCCGUGUAUACCAGCCGUUGUUAAACUACCAUGCUAGCUUAAUUUAGCCGUAGCUACAUUUCUCCUGUAAAUAUUCGUCUUUUACGGUCGCUUGACUUAACCGCUCUCACUGAACGGUUGUACAACGCGGUUAGACAAGCGAGGCAAAAAGAGGAAGCAAUAGCCAACCAUCUUUCUUCUUCUGCCAGCAAUAACAAGAAAGAGACCAGGCUAGAUUUAAGUAGAGCUGUGUAGUUUACAAUAUAAUUUCUGUUUUAUACUGGAGAAAGGACUUGGGGAAAACCUCUCCGUGUGAAGAAAGAGAAAAGCCCUCGGACACUGAGCUCAUCUCCCGGCAAGCCUGGAAGUUUAGUAACAGAAGACUGGCUGUUAAGAAUUAGUAUUCCCGUUUUUUCAUGUUUCCAACAGGUUUAUCUUCCCCUAACCCCCCACCACCGCCAACCCAGGAGGCUAGACCUGCGUCUACUGAUGUCAAAAACGAAAGCGGUAACAUCACAUCUCCGAAGAAGAGGAAAAUAAACGGCUCCGAGAGGGACGACACUACUGACACGAUCUCCUCUUCGCCUCCCAAGACCCUGAAUUCCUCCUCUUCUUCCUCCUCCUCCUGCUCUCCCACUCCGCUGCACAUUCAGAAGAAGUUGAGGUUUGAGGAUUCAUUGGAUUUCAUUGGACUGGAUGUGAAAAUGGCUGAGGAGGCUACCGCUGCUUCGUGCUCCAACAACAAAAGCAAAGCCGUGUUCCUGUCCGGUGGCGUGGGACACCAUGCAAACGGACUGACGAAAACCGCAGGCUCCGGCACCUUUUCCAACAGUAAACCCGGUGCUGCCAAGAAACUAGUCAUCAAGAACUUCAAAGAAAAACCCAAAUUGCCCGAGAAUUACACACAGGAGACGUGGCAGAAGCUGAAAGAGGCGGUGGAGGCCAUACAGAACAGCACUUCAAUCAAGUACAAUCUAGAGGAGCUCUACCAGGCUGUGGAGAACCUGUGCUCUCAUAAGAUAUCUGCCAAGCUUUACAAACAGCUGAGGGCCGUGUGUGAAGACCACAUCAAGGCACAGAUUGAUCAGUUCAGAGAGGAUGCUCUGGACAGCGUGCUUUUCUUAAAGAAAAUCGACAAGUGCUGGCAGGAUCACUGCAGACAAAUGAUCAUGAUUAGGAGUAUAUUUUUGUUUUUGGAUCGCACCUAUGUUUUACAAAAUUCAAUGCUGCCAUCUAUCUGGGAUAUGGGUCUGGAGCUGUUCCGGUUCUAUAUCAUCAGUGAUCUGAAGGUCCAGAGUAAAACUAUCGAUGGGAUUCUGCUGCUCAUUGAGAGAGAGCGAAACGGAGAGGCGAUAGACCGGAGUCUGCUGAGGAGCCUGCUGAGUAUGCUCUCUGACCUGCAGAUUUAUCAAGACUCCUUUGAGCAACGAUUUUUGGAGGAAACUAAUCGACUGUACGCUGCUGAGGGACAGAGGCUGAUGCAGGAGAGAGAGGUACCAGAAUAUCUUCACCAUGUCAACAAACGCUUGGAGGAGGAGGCUGACAGAGUCAUCACAUACCUCGACCAGAGCACACAAAAACCACUCAUUGCUACUGUGGAGAAGCAGUUGCUGGGUGAACAUCUCACUGCUACUCUUCAAAAAGGGCUGACUCACCUGCUGGAUGAAAACAGAAUUCAGGAUCUGUCUCUGCUCUAUCAGCUCUUCAGUCGAGUGAGGGGUGGAGUUCAGGUGCUUCUGCAGCACUGGAUAGAGUACAUAAAGGCUUUUGGAAGCACAAUUGUAAUCAAUCCAGAAAAGGACAAAACUAUGGUGCAAGAGCUUCUGGACUUUAAAGACAAGGUGGAUCAUAUUAUCGACAUCUGCUUCAUGAAGAAUGAGAAGUUUGUUAACGCUAUGAAGGAGGCUUUCGAAACUUUCAUAAACAAACGGCCAAAUAAACCUGCAGAACUCAUAGCAAAACAUGUGGACUCAAAGCUAAGAGCAGGAAACAAAGAGGCGACAGAUGAAGAGCUGGAGAAGAUGUUAGAUAAGAUCAUGAUCAUCUUUAGAUUCAUCUAUGGAAAAGAUGUUUUUGAAGCAUUUUACAAAAAGGAUCUGGCCAAGAGGUUGCUGGUUGGAAAAAGUGCCUCUGUGGAUGCAGAAAAAUCGAUGUUGUCAAAGCUGAAACAUGAAUGUGGAGCAGCGUUCACCAGCAAACUGGAGGGCAUGUUUAAGGAUAUGGAGCUGUCUAAAGACAUCAUGGUGCAGUUCAAACAGUAUAUGCAGUGCCAAAACAUCCCUGGCAACAUUGAGCUGACCGUGAACAUCCUCACUAUGGGGUACUGGCCAACCUAUGUCCCGAUGGAGGUGCACUUGCCUCCCGAGAUGGUGCGACUGCAAGAGAUCUUCAAGACCUUCUACCUGGGCAAACACAGCGGCAGGAAGCUGCAGUGGCAGUCGACACUCGGCCACUGUGUCCUAAAAGCGGAAUUUAAAGAGGGCAAAAAAGAGCUGCAGGUGUCACUUUUCCAAACACUUGUGCUACUCAUGUUUAAUGAAGGAGAGGAAUUUACUUUGGAGGAGAUCAAACUGGCAACAGGAAUAGAGGACAGUGAACUGCGCCGGACUCUGCAGUCGCUAGCCUGUGGAAAGGCUCGCGUCCUCACUAAAAUCCCCAAAAGCAAAGACGUGGAGGAUGGGGACAAGUUUUCCUGCAAUGACGACUUCAAACACAAACUGUUUAGGAUCAAAAUCAACCAGAUUCAGAUGAAAGAAACGGUGGAAGAGCAGGCGAGCACCACAGAAAGAGUCUUUCAGGAUCGUCAGUAUCAGAUCGAUGCUGCCAUCGUGCGGAUCAUGAAGAUGAGGAAGACUCUGAGCCAUAAUCUCUUGAUGUCUGAAGUGUACAACCAGCUCAAAUUCCCUGUCAAGCCUGCUGACUUGAAGAAGAGGAUAGAGUCUCUUAUUGACAGGGACUAUAUGGAGCGUGAUAAGGAGAACCCCAACCAGUACAACUAUGUGGCUUAGAGAAAGAGAAAGACGGUCCAGUCAAGCUGAGGUGAAUGGUCUCUCAAUCUUUUGCUCCAGAGGACAUUAACUUUCUAUCAUCUUCAACCCAGCGACCGACAAGUGAAUGGUUACUGCUCCACAGGAUUUCUGUCAGGGGUCUUGUGAUCCUGUGGACUGCAUGCCCAUUGAAAAGAGAAUAUUGUCCAUGUUUCUCAGUGCAGCUGAGAGACUUGGGCUCCUGCGGACAGACAAAGAAGACACACAGAUGUUGUUGCAUUUGCUUUUUUUUUUUUAAAGGAGAGGAAAGAUAUUUAUUUUCAAACUUAGGUUCUUCUUUGUCCAUAGUUUGAAACAACAUGCUCUUUGUUAUCAAGUCACUUUUUUCUUUCUUUUUCACACCGUAUCCCAAGCAAAUGCUGACACACUAAACAAAGCUCUAAAUGUACCACAUGUUGGAGAGAAAAAGGAUCAAAAAUUAAACUGAUGCUUGUUUCUUCAGUCAGUGUCAAAUGUUGGACUAGUGGACUGACAUUAAUCUUAGUGAGAGAUUUACAAUUUGGGGGAAUGUCUCUGUCCGAAUGUAUGAUUUUGCAGCAAGUUUAACCGAUUUUAAGGCUUUGUAGCCAUCUGGUAAAGCUGUGUUCAUUAACACACAGACAGUUUGUGCCAAAAAAGGAGCACUUAUUUAGCUAUAGGGCAUGUUCAAGCUGCUAAAAAGGUCCAGUUGUACAAGUAUAUGCAUUUUAUCUCUAUCGUUUGUUUUUCUUUGUAUUUUUUUGUACAUACUUCACAAAAGUGACAUUUUAAAGGAUCUCACUUGAGAGUCAACUGCUCUUUUUUACCUUUAGAAGUAUACCGAAAGCACAACAACUUGAAAGCCUAUUUCUCCUUCAUCCCCGGUGUCAUAACACAUUUACACAAAAUUUUGUAUGUCUCCUUGUGAGUUUUUCAGGUCUUACUGAAAACGUGUGUGUAUGUUGUGGGGUGACAUGAUUGGAUUGCCUCAACAUAAGUAAAUAUGGCUGAAUAGACAUGCCCUUUUUGUAAGAGUCUGUUAAAUUUAAAGCUUCAGAUUAAAGUAACUGUUUCA